AACCAACUUACUCUCAAAAACUAUUGUUACAUUCGAGGUGUUUCGGCGUGUUUGGUUUCAUCCUUCACCUUCGUUCAAACGAAAACAUGAAUUCGAGACCCAAACUGCAACAAUUGUCAAGAUAUUUGACUUUAUAUGCUAAACAAAACUCAAAUAAGCUCGUGACAUGUAUCAACCAAAGUAGCAGACAACAGUUCAGCAGUUCAUGUACCUUACUGAAUGAGGUGGAAAAGGAGACCAAAAGGCCAGUCUUGACAGAUCCAGAGUUUGAAGGCCGCAUCGGGUACGCAAUCAGGAAAAAGAGUGUGGAAACAUGCAUCGAGUAUAUGAAGAGCGAAGCCUACAAAUCUGCAUAUGGUGAGCGACCUGUGUGGAAAAGCUACCGAAGGAAUGUGGUUGGUGCAUUUACUCCCAAACUCAGAAAAUCAUGCAUCCGUGAAGGCGUCAUUGCCACAGGUAGCGCAUGCCCAAUAUGCAGGGAUGACUACCUGAGAUUCCACUGGCAGAAUCUGGAUCUUCUGAAGCAGUUUGUCACACCACUCACGAUGGAGCCAAUAAACCCUCAACUGACGGGCCUCUGUGAGAUGCAGUACAAGAAGCUGCAGAUCCACCUGCACAAGGCUAGAGACAUGGGUACUCUGAAGAAGCAUUUUUCGCCUCGCACGUUCUACAUGGACUACUGGAAACAGGUUGCUGAGAAACAACAUGAAGCAUUUAUCAUGGAAUCCACAGCUGCCAAGGAAAAGGAAGCCAUGAACAUGAUUGCGAUGCAGGCUGGGGACAAGAAAGCCCCUCAGGGUGGGGAUAAAAAAGCCCCUCAGGGUGGGGACAAGAAAGCCCCUCAGGGUGGCGAUAAGAAAGCGCCUCAGGGGGGCGAUAAGAAAGCGCCUCAGGAUGGGGAUAAGAAAGUGCCUCAGGGUGGGGACAAGAAAUCCCCUCCGGGUGGGGACAAAAAAUCCCCCCAGGGUGGUGACAAGAAAGCCCCUCAGGGUGGAAAUAAGAAAGCCUGAACAAUUAUUUUUUUAUAAAAACAACUUUAACUGUAUACAUCUAUAUUAUAUUGAUUUAAAUUGAGAAUGAUUAAGCAGGAAAUAAACUACAUGUACUAAUUGUAAAA